AUGGAUUACCACGCAGAGUGCUGCUUCUGCGACCCGGAGGAGGACCUGCCCCUUCACAGCAUCCACGCCCCAAACCGCGUCCGCCCGUCCUCCUACCGGGCCCUGCGCAGCGCCGUGUCCAGCCUGGCGCGCAUCGACGACUUCUACUGCGAGAAGAUCGGCUCAGGGUUCUUCUCCGAGGUCUUCAAGGUGCAGCACAGGAUGACUGGUCAGGUGAUGGCUCUGAAGAUGAACACUUUGGCCUCUAACAAAGCCAACAUGCUGCGAGAGGUGCAGCUCAUGAACCGCCUGUGCCACCCCAACAUCCUGCGGUUCCUGGGUGUGUGUGUUCAUGAAGGGCAGCUCCACGCUCUCACAGAGUACAUAAACUGGGGGAACCUGGAGCAGCUGCUGGACAGUGAGCUGUACCUGUCGUGGGCCGUGAGGGUUUCUCUCUCUCUGGACAUCGCUCGAGGACUUCAGUAUCUGCACAGCAAAGGCAUCUUCCACCGCGACCUCACCUCCAAGAACUGUCUCGUUCGCUGUGACGGGGGACAGUUUUCUGCGGUGGUGGGAGACUUCGGACUCGCAGAGAAGAUCCCAGACUACAGUGACGGUGUAAACAAACCACAGCUGGCCAUCGUGGGCUCCCCCUACUGGAUGGCCCCGGAAGUGCUGAGAGGAGAGGUCUAUGACGAGAAGGUGGAUGUCUUCGCGUACGGCAUCAUUCUGUGUGAGAUCAUCGCCAGGAUCGAAGCAGAUCCAGAUUUUCUCCCAAGAACAGAGGACUUUGGUUUGGACGUGGAGGCCUUUGAGAACCUGGUGGGAGACUGUCCUCCUGCUUUCUUCAGCCUCGCCGUGACCUGCUGCACCACGAGUCCAACCCACGGCCCCCGGGACCAACGAGGCCACGAAAACCUUCACUUCGGCCGUUACCACAAACAGUGA